AUGCUGAAAGUACGAAACUACGAUCUUGAUAUUAUAGUGAUAUAUAGACCGCCUCACACAAACAAACAACUGUUUGUAAAAGAACUGGAACGAGUAAUUCAACGAGUGCCGAUUAGUCGGGAUAUAAUCAUGUUCGGUGAUUACAAUAUUGAUAUUUUGGAAGAUAAAUUGGACCAUAUCGCCUGUAGUUAUCUUAAUAUGUUAUCAUCACGAGGAUUACAGUGUGGAAUUCAAGACAUAACCCGCGAGGCAGUGAGUGCGAAGCGACGGACGGCCACUUGCAUCGAUCAUGUGUUCGUUAGAACUGAGAGCGCGUCAGAGGUGCAAGCGUAUUUACUUACGAGUCCAUUAGCUGAUCAUUACCUAACGGGACUCACCGCUGUUAUAGGUAAGCGUAUGCCGCAAAAUGAAAAUACUGAUGAUGCUCAAAAUAAAGAAAAUACUGACAAUACUCAUACUAGUGACCAAUGUGGGAACCCUACCCAUACAAACCCAGAACCAAGUCUAUCAGAACCGCGAAAGAAAAGAAGUAAAAUUUCACAGCUGUCUACAAUAGUCAGUAGCAUGAAAGAUAUGCAAUACGAUUUAUCCAAAUCAGAAACAGUGGAAGAUUAA